AUGCCUGGCCGCGUCACUCUGCGGGCGGAGGACGCACGUCGGGGCGCGGCUUUAGCUUGCACGCGGCAGUGGCUCUGUCACUUGCGCCCAGCGGAGGACCCGGCGCGCCCGAGCGCCUGCCUGGCGGCGGUGGCAACAAUGCACGGAACCGCUCGCACUCCGGCUACCAGCGUGAGUGCCGACUGCUGUAUCCCGGCUGGCUUGCGCCUGGGGCCAGUGCCUGGCACCUUUAAACUGGGCAAGUACCUGUCAGAUCGCAGGGAGCCCGGGCCCAAGAAAAAGGUGCGCAUGGUGAGAGGGGAGCUGGUGGACGAGUCCGGGGACUCCCCUUUGGAGUGGAUAGGGCUAAUCCGGGCAGCCAGGAACCCCCAGGAACAAACUCUGGAAGCUAUUGCAGAUUUGCCAGGAGGACAGAUUUUCUACCGAGCAUUGCGAGAUGUCCAGCCAGGGGAAGAGCUGACUGUGUGGUACUCCAAUUCCUUGGCUCAGUGGUUCGAUAUUCCCACAACAGCUACACCUACGCAUGAUGAAAAAGGGGAGGAGCGCUACAUUUGCUGGUACUGCUGGAGGACGUUCCGAUACCCCAACAGCCUAAAGGCACACCUACGGUUCCACUGCGUUCUCAGCGGCGGGCCCCGAGCCUUCCUGCACCAGGAGCACACGGCCCGGCCGGGCGCUGGGCCGGCUGCGGAAGGCCACCGCCAAUCUCCGAAACCUCCCGAGACCGACUUCACUGUGCCACCUGCCCACGCCCGCACUCUGCGCGCGCCACCAGCGGCCCCGCAGCUUCCCCAGCAGGCGUGCGGGGCGCGGGAGAGCAUCAAGCGCGAGGUGGCCUCCGCGCCCUCGCCCAGCGCACCGUCCCCAGCCAAGUGGGGGCUGCCCAAGAAGGGCAAGGAGCAUCCAGAUCCGGCCCUGGACGUCGGGGCGGCCCGGGCUCACGGCCACUUCCUAGGCAUCAUGGGCGGCUCCUCGGCGGCGGGGGGCGGCGGGCUGGCUUUCUACCCGGGCGCGCGCUCGGCUUUCAAACCCGCGAGCUUGGGCAGGACGGCGGUCCAGGGCGACCCCUACCGGGAGGAGGGCGGCGGCAAGUCGGGGCCCGGGCUCACCUUGGGCCGGCUGCUGGGCGGGGGUAGGGCCGGCGGGCGUCUCGGGAGUGGAGAGAGCCCCGCGUCAGCGGGCGGCGCAAGCCACCAUCACCAUCACCACCAUGCACAUCACCAUCACCCCAAGUGCCUGCUCGCGGGGGACCCGCCGCCACCGCCGCCGCCGCCGCCGGGCGUACCUUGCUCCGGGGCCCUGCGCGCCUUCCCCCUGCUCCCGGGCCACCCCGAGGAGGCGUCGGCCUUCAGGCACGUGGAGCGCGUCCCGCCGGUGCCGUCCGCCGCGCGCUACGCCCCGGUGCCCGUGCCCGGGCUGUCGCUGGAGCGCUGCGCGCUGCCAGCCCUAGACGGCCCGGGACUCAAGGCCUACCCCUCGGGUGAGUGCGGCCACCUGCCGGCCGUCGUGCCCGCCUUCACCGUGUACAACGGGGAGCUACUCUACGGCUCGCCCGCAGCCUACUAUCCUCUCAAGCUGCACUUCGGCGGGCUGCUCAAGUACCCCGACUCUUUGUCGUCGUACCUAAACGGGCCCGCGACGGCGGCCCUGAGCUCGGCCGAGCUGGGUUCCCUGGCCAGCAUCGACCGCGAGAUCGCCAUGCACACGCAGCAGCUGUCUGAGCUGGCGGCCGGGAAGGGCCGCGGACGCCUGGAUUCCGGGACGCUGGCUCCGGCCUUGGUGGCGGCGGGGGGCGGCGGCAGCGGCGGGGGCGGGGGCGGCGGCGCGGGCAAGCCCAAGAGCGGCCACCUGUGCCUGUACUGCGGCAAGCUGUACUCGCGCAAGUACGGGCUCAAGAUCCAUAUGCGGACGCACACGGGCUACAAGCCGCUCAAGUGCAAGGUGUGCCUGCGGCCCUUCGGCGACCCCAGCAAUCUCAACAAACACAUCCGACUGCACGCCGAGGGCAACACGCCCUACCGCUGCGAGUUCUGCGGCAAAGUGCUCGUGCGCCGCCGGGACCUGGAGCGUCACGUCAAGUCCCGCCACCCGGGUCAGAGCCUGCUCAGCAAGGCGGGCGACGGUCCGGGUGCUGACCCCGGCUACGCCCUGGAGCCUGGGGAUCCCAAGAGUGACGACAGCGACGUGGACGUCUGCUUUACCGAUGACCAGAGUGACCCCGAAGCCGGGGGCCGCAGCGAGCGCGACUCAUAA